AUGGGCCUUACAAAGGGCGAGGCGUUCGAAAUAUUGGAGCUUCCUUUUGGUUUGUACUUUAUUCUGUAAUUCGUUUGUUCAAAUGUUAUGAAAUCGCGUGCAGCGUGUGACAAACACAGAUCGCAGCGAGUGACAUAAACUUCUAGUGCCCUUUGCACAGUCGAAGAAAACUGUUUUCAUAGGGCAGAAAUCAUGACAGACUUGGAAAAUGGCUCAGUUUAUAAUAAUAGCUAUUAAUUUCCGCUAUCUUUGCCGUAUGUGUUUGCUCGAAACGUACGCCUAUCUUAUACUCGACCGUCAUAAUCUAGAAUAAUCCAGUUGCGUGACGAAAUUCGAACAUUUAUUACCAUUGUUCUGUCAGAUUGUUGUCUACUUUGUUGACGAAAAAUAUUCAUUGUUUUUAACUGAUAAGAAAUUAGCGCCAUGUGUCAUGUAAAUAGAUAUGUAUUUAAAGUGUCUACUAGUUUUCAAGUUGUUUAAUUUCCGUUUUGUUUGGCUUUGAUUCCAAUUAAAACAAGGAAUGUUUUUUUUAACAGGAAGCAAAAGAAUUUGUGCAAUACUGAUUCGUAUACAAAACCAUAGUUUUCACCGUUACCAUAGCAUCUUCCUAUUACUUUAAUUUCCUUACUCUUCACUUACAAUCAGCUUCAAUGAACUACUACUUUAGUCAGCUGACAAAGUGAUUGAUUGUAAUUCCUUAUCUGUUCUAUUUAUGUUAAAUGUUAUCUAAUGAUAGAAUUUGGGUGCCAAAAGAAGGUGACUCUUGCUUUGGCAGGGUGUAAAGAGAGUCAGUUUUACAGCUUGCCAUUUGGGCAAGCUGUAGGUAGCAUGUACUAGUUGCGUGUACUAGCCCAAGGGUCAUUUUGACUAGCCCACAGUUCUUCUGUAAAUUGAAUUUCCCCAAAAAACUUUACUUGCCCAUUGGGUAAGUUAAGAACAGAAUUCACUAGCCCACUUGCAAAAUCCAUUAGCUCCAGGCUAUGGGAAGUGACUUUUUUUGCGUGCUGCUCUGGAUUCAUUGUGGCUAUAAGCGUUGGGCCUUUGCAACUAUGUAAGAGUUUAGAGUGGGCCUAUUAAGGGGAGAACUUUUAUCUGCAGGAAUUUAAAAGUGGUAGAGAAAAUGGUGAGAUAUGCUGGAAGCUUGUAAAAACAUAUUGGAAACACACAUUUAGCCGCAUCAAAUGACCUUUUCUGCUUGCAAAGAAAGUAGUGUCCAAUAGCCAGGGGCUAGUGGAUUUUGCUAUCAGGCUAGUGAAUUCUGUUAUUAACUUGCCCAACGGGCAAGUGAAGUCUUUUGUGGAAUUCAAAUUACAGAAGAACUGUGAAUUCAAUCUGCUCAUUAAAAUGUUUUUGGGGCUAGUUGAAAUGAUGUUUGGGCUAGUAAAUGUUAGCUUCAGCUUGCCAAAAUGGCAAGCUGUAAAAAUCACUUUCUUUGCACCCUGCUUUUAAAUGUUUUUUAUUGAAUUCAACAAGCUAUUGUAAACAGCACAGAUGUGUCCAUAACAUAAAGUAUUAUAGUCUAUAAACAACACUCAGAACUAAAAUUCUGAUGCAGUUAACCAAACCAAAAUUAUUCCAAGAUGUCAGUAAUAAUGAUGAUGAUAAUGAUAAUGAUGAUAGCAGUUAUGGAAUACGGCAUAUCCAUAGGAGGAAGUAAAGAAGGAAAGGUCAUGUUAUCUGUGAUGUGGGGGAAAUAGGACCCCUAUGAGGGAUUUCUCUUUCAUUUACUUGUAAAUUGGUCUUUAAGCUGUAGGACUGGUAUCCAGGUGGGCUUUUUAACCAUGAGCUCUUUUGCAUUAGAGGGUUAAUUGUUUGAAAUUAGCUUUUUGUGGGUUUUAUUUUUUGUUCAUUGAAUUGACUUUUGUGCCUUCACAUUUGAAGAAUCCACCCAAAUCACAGGCAGGGUGAGUUCAUAUGCCACAAUGUUGUUUGCAUAAAUUAUUAGGGUUUAUCUGGCAUCCCUGCAGAAUUUACAGGAGCAAAUGAACUAGGCACUCCAUUGUCUCUGAUUCAAACUCAUUAUUAUUAUUUGAACUUAUUAUUAUUUUCUGAUAGCUGUUUUGUAUCGUAUCAUUUUUAGGCGCAGACUACGAUGAAAUAAGGGCAAGUUAUAAACGUCUUGCCUUAAGAUGGCACCCUGACAAACAUAACAAUAGUGAAGAAGCUACCAAAGUAUGUAUCAAGCUCUCUUUUUAUAACCUAUGUCCUUUUUGCAAAUGAUAAUUUGUAAAAAAAUGGACAGAAUAUUGUGUUGUGGAUAUACACUGUUUUUGCCCCUAUAAUCAGACCCGAUGAGAAAUCAUUGCUUUUCCUAAUAAAUCUAUACUUAGAAACAUUGAUGUGUCAGAAUCAGAAUAUUAUGCUUUUGCUUUAGUGAUUAAAGAACAUUUUCUUGCUUUGGUGAAGCAAAAUUUAUGUCUGCAAUAGUUUCUUGUACAGCUAAACUGGUAAACAUUUGGAUACAACAAUUUUUUGGUUUGGCCAAGUUCUGAAAGGACGUCAAAUUGAUUGUGAUCAUGCUAUAUUGUGAUGGUUCUUUAAGCUUCCUGUUAUGCACUGGCUCUCUUACUAUUUUGAUAAAAGGUUUUCUUGCCCUUAGUAGUUUAUUUAUCUUGUUAGCUUGUGAAAGCUCCAAUAACCCUAUAUAAUAUUGUUAUUCUUUUAGAAAUUCCAAGAAGUUUCUUCAGCAUACAAGAGACUAACCAGUGAAGACAGUGAUGAUGAAGUUAAUUUAACUGCCGUAAGUAAAUGUACUAAUAGCCCAAAAUUUGGCCAAAAUGUAAAAGAUUUUUUAGUUUUAAAGUUCCUGUUACAACUUCUUGCAGCAUAUUAAGUGGUUUUCUUAUCACUAAGAAAGAUUAUAAUUUUCAUCAUUACAGUAGUGGAAGUGGCUUUUGGCUUUAACACCUGUAGAACUCGCAGAAAGGGUUGAGUUACAGCGUGCAAAGAAAGUCAUGCCUGAUAGUGGAUUUUGCCAUUGAGCUACUGAAUUCUGUUCUUAACUUGCCUGAUGGGCAAGUGAAGUUUUUUUGGGGGGGAAUUCAAAUUACAGAAGAACCGUAAUGUACUCAUUGCAUCAAAAAUUCUUUUUGGGUGAGUCAAAAUGACUCUGAGCUAGCACAUGCUUGUUACAUGUACAGCUUGCCCCAAGGACAAGCUGCAAAACUGCAAAACCCUGAGUUGUUUGUCUGUUGGAGGUAUAGUGAGUUAACAAUGUGGAAAUGGGACUACCGAAAGAAAGUCUUCAGAUUUUAGUUCACCAGAGGUUGUUUUUAUUGCUUUGUUUUUCUAGCUACACUGAAACCUCCAUUAAGCGGACACCUUCGGGCCUUCCCAAGUGUCUGCUUAAUAGAGGGUGCCCGCUUAACAGAGGUUUGUAAAAUUGCGCGAUGUUUGUUAACAAUAAUUAACUUUCAAUGGUUACUCUGUACUGUGAUAAAGUUACAUGUUGUUAAAAAUUAGCCAGAGAGGGAUCUGAGCUGUGAUGUACUUGUGCAAUACUUUUAGAUGAACUUUGAUGGCGGAUGACAAUCAUGUGGUUCGAUAUCGGUCUAUGUCUUUAUUAAUCGAUUACAGUACGUAUUUUAAGGACAUAAUCCAAUACUACUAUUCUCAACUCAGUCUGGUGUCUGCUUAAUAGAGGUUUUUAACAAUAGAAAUUAGCCAAAUAACAAUUUAUUUUAGUGUCCGCAUCCACUUAAUAGAGGUGUCUGCUGAAUAGGGGUUCAUUAUAAAAGGAAAUAUAAGACGUUAAUUUCAGGACCCAGCUUUGUGUCCACUUAAUUGGGGGUCCGCUUAAUGGAGGUUUCACUGUAUUUACAGAUGACUUAUGUCCUUUUUAGAAGUGACUGCAGUCAACAAAGUACAGUGUAAUUAAGGAUCACUUGGAUAUUCUUAUUAGCUACUUUUGUAUACUAAAACCAAACCUAUUUGUGUGCUAUUGAUUUUGUCAAGUAAAAUAUGUACAUUUCUUUCAACUUACACUUGCAGGCAGAUAUGUUUGACCUCUUUGCCCACAUUUUCUUUCACCGAAAUGGUAAGUCUCUAUUGCCAUCACUCUACUCCACUCUAUCACUCUCCAUCACUCUAUAUAUUUUAAAGCGUCAGCUUGUGUUUUAAUUUUUUCCCUAAGGUACAUACUGUAUGUUAUCCUGUUGUAACUGUCCAGUAGUUCUUGUGCCAUCUGUGGUGUUAUCUAACUGUUGAAUCACUUAAUCAGUGCUUGAUGUUAAUAGUUGCUAACUUGCUAGGGUAACUUAUAGUUUCAUCAGGGCAAGGAAGUUUGGAAACUUAGUUGCAUGGUUUCAGCAACCAGGGCUCAAAAAAUUCCUCAAAGAUUUUGUUUAUUUUUUUAAUUGGACUAUAAACAAAAAAAAAAUUAAUUUUUAGUUACUUGUUAAGUCAUGACAGAAAUGACAGGUAUUUCAAUUCAUUGGUUCUCUUUUAAUUCUCCAAGGAGCCACAUGCACUCUGCAAAUAUUCAUCACAGAAUUAGCUUUCAUUUUGUUAGUCUCUGCCGAAUGUUUUGGGCAAUUACAAUAUUCUUCCAUUGGCAACUAAAAUAGAGGUUUUGGGCAACUAAAUUUCACUAAAUGAUGGGAGACAAUAUUAUUAAAUCCUCUGUUAGUUUUUGAGGCCAGGUUAGUUAUCAAGUUCUUACUGUAGUUGUAAACAUAAUCAUAGCAUAUUAUCUGUAAGGUUAAAAAGUUGUGUGUUUAUUUUUCUAUGUAGGAAUGUUUGGCUGCUACCCUUCAAUGUAUGACUCAGAUGACAGUUACUAUAGUGAUGAAGAUGAUGAUGACGAUGAUGAAGUAGACGACGAAGUUCUUCAAAGUAUAGCUCGUAGGCUAAGAAAAAAAUAUGAAAGAAAAGUCACAGAAAAAGAUACAGGUAUGCAAGUUAGGUUGUUUUCAAGUGAGAGUGAAGAGAGAGACUUUGUUUAAUAGCCCAGGUUUGAUAUAUUAAACUUCUCACACGACUCCGAGGUAAGAGACAUAAUUGCAAAUUUUUCACAAAUCCAAUGUUUUGUAAUUCCGAGAAGAGACUUGAGUACAAAGAAAAACAAACCAAAUAUAGAAAAAUGACCAGAAAUUCCCUGAGACAUGUUAGAAUUUUGAACGUGGGCUAUUGUUACCACAUUUCUUGUAAUUUUUCUCUGCAAAAGUUUUGUACACGAUAUACCGUAUUUAUUCGGCUAUAAGCAGAGACCCUAAACUUUGAACAGGUAGAAUCAGCAUGACCAAGAACGAAAACGAAUCGAAAACACCUGGCUAUAAGCCAAGACCCAUUCGUUACAAGACUUUUAACUACAGUAACACCUAACAUUUUUCAAAAAAAAUGUAACCUUCCUCAGGAAAAUGUCACUAAUGCUUUUCCGUUAAACAGGCAAAAACUAACGGCUGAUAAAUGACUUGUUAUCGGCUUUUCAUAGCAUUUUAAUGGUUUGAGUAAUGCUUUUAACAGGUGGGCAAAAAUUUCUAACGGCUUUGGAAAGCGUUCAAACAGAUUGCCGAUUUCCUUAACAGGUUGACUUAAAACGACAUAAACCCGCUCACAUGAUCAAAGUUUAAAUGAUGGUUUUUUCGCUGCUAACAGUCUUUCCUCAUGUCUUCAAAGAUUAUGCUUGAAAUGGUCACUGAAAUUGCCUUUCAAUCAAAACAAACUGCAGUUCGCAUUGUGUUUAUCUGUGCUUAGUAACCAGGCAGAUGUUUCGAAGCACAUGUGUGACAAAACAUGGCCAAUUAUUUACACAAUUUGUGACAUCUUUCAUUUGUUCUAGACCUUCCCUUAUUGUAAAAAGCUUACUAAUGUGUUAUUUUAAUACUGUGAGACAUGUUUUUGUUAGAUAUCUUGACAAUGUGGGACUCAAUUUCUGAGCUUAGCUAACUUAUCAUUCAGGUUCAUAGUUACGUGACUGAGUUGAUCUUUUGCUGCUAUUUGGUUUUUUUUGUAAGCUAAAUAGCUGGGCUUAUAAGUGAAAACAUCCCCAUUAUCCUCAUUUAGAAGAGUUUUACUGCGCUCAAAGGGAUUUUUUUUUUCAAAAAUGCUUGGCUACAUGCCAAGACCCCCUCUAGGGCUCAAAUUUCACUUAACUUUAGCUUUAAUUUGUGUAAAGAUCACUCGGCUUAUAGCUGAAAAAAUAUGGUUUAUAAUGGUGAGUUGCCUGUACCACUGAUUGAAUAAACAUAAUUCUCUUGUAUUCAUCAGCUUUAAAAUUCCCCAUCUUAUAUAAAUAAUUGCCCAUAUGCAGCUGUCGAGUUUCUAGUCCUAGCAGUAUGCAGGACGUUUGUCACCUGAACUUAGUUAAAGGAAUCAUUUAAUAUUUCUGGGAAAUUGCCCACCUACCCCUCCCCUAAGCCAACAUUUUGUGCUGAGUGAGAAGUAAGUGUUAAUGUUGGCUUAGGGGAGGGGUAGGUGGGCCCUACCUUCAAGAAGUCCACUGUAGUCCAGUAGCGAAGCUUCUGGACUAACCAGAAGGUCAUAGGCUCAUCUCCUGUUGGGAUCAAGACCUAGGAUUUUUUAUGUCCAAGUCGCCCGUGUUGCUGACUAAAAAAACACCAUUCGCAGCUUUAUACAUAUUUGCUAUUUCAUUUAUCAAAUUCUCCCUGUCUUAUUGAUAAUUUUUGUAUGUAUAGGUAUCCUAAUGUUUAUUUGAGUGAUAGCUACUUUACAUUGACAUAUCACUGUUAUCUUUUGUCUAGCUGAAAAACCAGCACAUAACUUAUCAGAGGCGGUGAGUUCAAGUGCUUUAUUUCCCUUUCUCCUCUUUUAUCAAAUCUCUUUUGCAACACAAUUGCAUCAGGCUGCGGAGUUCAAAUAAAAAAUGUUUGGUUUGCUUGAAGGAAGCAACCCUUUGCUACAAGAAUCAAUGAUGACAUUGUAUUAGAAUGUACUGAUGCUGUUGUCUUUUAAUAACAUACUUUUCCUCAAAGUAGAGUGAGCUUUUUUGUAACAGAAAUCAUUUUCAAUUCAACAGGAAGCCAUGAAAAAUGCUAAUGAGCUUAUAGAAGAAGAAGAGAGAGACCGUAAAAAGGCAGAAAAAAGAAGAGCUAAAAAGAAGGUCUUGUUUUUAUUCUUUAACAUAUAAGAAGUCAAAGAUGCAAGUUUAUAACUUUAUUGGACAUUUUGCUGAAACUUGCCUCUCUCUAGUUAAUCCUAAUUCCAACAGAAUUCUAGUACAAAGACAGCUCAAAGUCAAACCUCUGUCUUCUCAUUUCUGAUAAGGCCUUUAUUUGCAUAAAGGUAUUAUUUUAUGAUCUGGAGAUUUUUAACAUUUAUUGUUAAUCAUAUCUUUUGACUAUAUAUUCAGGAUUCAGAAUUCUCAUCAAGUUACAAUAAUAUGAUUUUCAAGUAUCUAGACAGGUUUUUCAUGAAGUUGUUUAACACUAUAAUUUUUUUACAGAGAAACAAAGAAAGAAAACGAGAAAAGGAAAGGGAGAAAAAAGCAAAGGAUGAAAAAGAAAAUAUACAGGUAUGUGUUGGAUGUUUUAGGAAUUGAUUUGAUAUCUUCUCCUCUUUGACCUGGGAAUUCAUUAGGUUUGUGUUUAUUUUUGGUUCUGCCAUUUAUAUGUGAGCUAUGUUUUUUGGAAAAAGUUGAUGUACCAGCUGUUACAAGACUUCAAAUAAAUAUUGUCUUGUCUUUUGUUGGUUAUUGUUUUCAGUCCAUUCUAGUGAAGCAACCGUAAUGCAGAACACUCACCUCUCACUAAUGUAGCGUGUAGCUGGGGUUCAAAACCUGGCAUCACUGCCUUAUGUGGGUUGAGUUUGUUGUUGGCUCUUUCCUUUCCUCAGAGAGGUUUUUUUCUCCAGGAAUUCUGGUUUUCCCUUCCUCAAAACCCAACAUUUCCAAAUUCAAAUUUGAUCUUGAUUGCACGGACACAUUUAAACAAGUUCUUAAGAUCUCCUAAGUUCUUUGUGGGUAAACAAAUUACAGUUUUUUUUUCUGAAUGGUUUGUCACACCCUGUUACAGCCACCCCCUCCCCUGAUGUGCUGCUCAUGUUAUGAUCUGCUCUCUUUCAGGAAAAGAAUAAUAAAAAAGAAAAUACCCAAGUUAAUAAUAAAGCAUCAGCUAAAGAUGUGGAUAAGAAAAAGAAUAUGUCAACAGCUACAAACAAAACUGUAAAUAACAAUACAAAAUUAUCAAGUGGUCUCAAAGAACAUUGUGUAAAUAGUUCAAAUUUACAGCAAUCUGGAAAAACAGAACAAAAUUCAUCCAGAAGGUAAGCCUUUCCAUUCUGAAAUGUUGCAAUUUCUAAGACUGUUAAUAUUUAACUAUCAAUAGGUAUUGAGGAGAGAGUGUUUCACCACUCUUUCUCUCUCACUUUGAAUUUGGUUGGAGGGUGAGAGCUAGUGUCUGUAUGUCAGAUUGAAUUCUUUCAUGUCAAGUUUAGGGGAAGUCUUGAAACCUUCAAAACAAAGCUCGUGUGGAAUUUCAGUCGUACCAUUCCUUCUGGUAGGCUUUUUUGGGAGGUUAGGGUAAGUGGUCAAUGGGAGGUCAAUAUGGAAACCCUACGUCCAUCAACGGACAUUCAGUAGCUGAAAUUGAUGGGAAGGGAGGUGGAUCUUGGCAAAAAUCAGUGACAUAACCAUAAUCAAGACAGUUGGUUCAAAGAAUGUUUAAUGAAGUUGGUUAAGGACUAUUGUCAAAUUCACCAGAAGAAGAGGGUAAGGCGAGCUAACAAUUUGCUAACUUUGGUGCUGCAUCACUGAGGCAAAGAAGUAUGGAGACUGAUCUGGUUUAUCAUAGAUUGAUUCAAUCCGGUUAAAUGUGGGAGUCAGUUAAAUAAAACUAACUUAGGGUGUAUUCCUUUGAAUCAGUGAUGGGAGAUCACACAGACCAUGGUGCAUCAAAUGAACCGAUAAAUCCUUUCCCAGGGUGGAUUGGUCGGUUUCUUUUAUGUUCUAAUUGAUCCAAGUGAUUUCAGGUCACUGUUCGUGAUCCACAUCAUCUCAAUUGAAUGCAUCCUUAGACACUUGAUAGAGUUACUGUUCUGAGUGUUGCUUUUAAAAUGUUCUUUUCAGACACGAAGAUGAGGAUUUAUCAGGUGGAGAGGUUAGGCUGUGUAAUGUUAAAAGUUGUAAACCUAGAUUAUCCAGAAUUUCUAAGAUAUACACUUUUUGUCGAAAACAAUAAUUGCAAACCACUGUAACUGGUUAUGUAAGACUAUAACUUUUUUUAAGAAUUCCCACUACUGAUUGGCAUCCCAACCAGAAAGGAGCAAAAAUAGUCAAGACUUUUCACAAGUAUAGGAACCAAGUAUCUAUACUAGCAGGGAUGUACAGUAGCUAAGAGGGGACUACUGGCGAAUUUAACUAGCAGAAAAUGAGCUUAUCACUGGUUCAAAUUGCACUAAAAAUGAAAACUGGGGAUACUUUUGAAGAUGUAGCUUGGUAAAUAUCUGACUAGACUAGUAAAUACUCCUGUGUAAGACUUUGUCCUUAGCCACAUACAGACACCCAGCAAUGUCACUUACAGAUACUUCAGGUUAACUAACUCCUAAUACUUAUCAUACUGUGCUCUCUGUUAGGAGCCAACAUGGGAUACGUCUAGUGCUUUCUUUGCGAGAGCUGCUGGUCGCAAUCCACCCACAGUCCCUGUCUCCAACCCAACAACAGUAAAAAAUAAUACACCUGUUACUAAUGGCCCAACGUCACAAACUGCUAAAAACAGCUCCAAUCAGAUACCACCUGCAGAACAAAUAGACCCUGUGGUACUACGCAGCAGACAAGUAGCAGGUUGGUAGGACUGUGGCUCUGAUAGUGGUUAUAGUGAACUGACUUUCUCCGACCUUGAGACUCAAGUGCUAGUGAAUACCUGUGAUGUGAUAAGGGGACCUAGCAAUAUGUUUUGGAUAAAGGGUUAAUAUGACCAAAAUAGUUAAUUGCCACAUGACAGAGCUAAAUUAUUUGUUAAUAUGCAGCAUUUUAUUAUUAAUUAUGGUGUUGUAAAUGAUGAUGUCAUGAUGAUGAUUCAGUGGAAGGACAUAUUUUAGGUAGCUCUUUGCCCACCAUUCCCUCUGAUCAAAUUGGUAUUUAAAAUGUUGGUUUUGUGAGGAAAGAUGAGCCAGAAAACCCAGGGAAAAACUGUUGGAGCAGGGUCCACAAUCAACAACUCUCAACACACAUGAAUCACUGGGCGGAGGGUUACAGUCAAAGUUAAGAGGAAUCACCAGCUUUUUGGCUCAACCAACGACAAAUUCCAGAAGCAGAGGGUCAAAGGCCCACCUCAUGUUUGGACUGAAAUGAGGUUCAAAAGGCUAAGAAUAGAUCGUUCUAGACUGCCCCAGCCACUUAUUACAAGGAGGUUAUGGUACCACCCUUGCUCAGUUCUCCUUCAUUUCUGUUUAGUUAAAGGAAACGAGAUGGCAAACCUUGGUAAUUACCAAGCUGCUGUUGAUCUGUUUACUGAAGCUAUCAAUCUGGAUGCUAAGGACUUCAGGUUUGUUUGUACAAUUGUGUAAACAGCUGCUUCAUGACACAGUCUGUAAGUAAGUUUUGCUUUUUAGUUUUAGAACGAGAGAAAAGAGGUUUUGAAAUUAAUCAGAGCUUAUGCAGUACCUGGUUUAUAUCUGGCUUAUCGGUGGGUGUUCUUUUCUGUGGAGGCUUUGUCAUCUGUCAAUUCAAAAAGUUUAAAUCCCAUAGGCACUGGAAUUAAGAAUUAACUCUACUUAACUGAAAUUUGUUUCAUAUUCUUAAAAAAUCCUGGUCUUGAUAAGUAAUAUUAACCUGAAGUAUGAACUACAAUGAAAUGCUUCAGUUUUCUUUAGGAUGAAUAAAAAACAGAACCUUGGUUGCUUACAAAUGGCUGGAAUGUUUGAUUUGUUUUCUAACUUAAGCAUCUCAUGAUUCUGUUACAGAUUUUUUGGAAACCGCUCUUACUGUUAUGAUCGAAUGGGUCAGUAUGAAAAAGCACUACAGGAUGCUGAUGUCUCCAUUUCACUUGCUCCUGAUUGGCCAAAAGGGUAUUUCAGAAGAGGCAGAGCAUUAGCAGGUUUAAAGGUGCAUCAUAACAUUGUUAUGCAUGUCUGUAGUGUUGUUCUGUUGAUUUUGUACAGCAGAUCCCUAUUACAAAACCUAGUGCACUAGACUUGGUACAAGUUAACCUCUCAUGAAGUUCUUAAAAGCGAGCGAAGUGAACUUCAAUGAGGUCGCGCAGGCUGGUGACCAAACAGGCUUCUCAUCACAAGGUCGACUUGUUUUGCCUGAAUGGAUUUGAAGCAUAUAAUAAAUUCACAGGGGGAAAAUGAUUGAAAUAUGCUGUGUCGGGAGUGGCAUCAAAUAUCACUCACUCUCCUAUUCGUCAAAUGUGUCCAGAAAGACUUUUCAUUUAGCAUGGUACGUCUCAAGAAACGAUUUUUUGGGCACCGACGGAAAAGCUAGAACUGCCUCAGUACAAGAGUCCAUCAUUCGCUCUGACAACAGAAGGCUGAUUUUGUAUGUGAUUUAAAUCCUGAGGUUGUGUCCAUUUUAACAGUUCCUUCUCUUUUCAGUUAUAUUCUGACGCAGAGACCAGCUUUGCUCAGGUGUUAAAACUUGAUAAGCACUGUGAAGAUGCUAUGUUUGAACUGGCAAGAGUGCGAGUCCAGCAAUUGGAGGUAUGCACUUUGCGUGUUUUUCAUGAUAGGGCGUAAGAGUUUCAGGUCAUACUUCUCUCGGCUAUUCGUCAUGCAGUUUUUAAAUUGCUCAUUCAUUUUACAUCCAGUGCAUAGAUUUCAGAUGGUAGCGUGCUCAAUCCAGUGCUAGUGUUUCCACAUACAUGUACCGCUCCUAAAAUCUGUAGCCAUUCCUUGGUCUUAAGUGUAAGUGGUCAAGUCGCCCAAAAGUCCUCUCACCCGAAGCUGUAUGAUGCCCAAAACUAGAGUUUUGUCGCCCAACAUUUAAAGAUAUGUCGUUCGAAAUUUUAUCAGGUAUAAUACACAGAGAGGUUAGGUGAAAUAAAGCAACUUGUGUGUAAUGUAUCUCGUUCUUUAAGCCAUGAUGAGACAAAAGAAGUGCCUUUAAUGACGUUAGAAUGUUGGUGAGCAUAAUAAAUUAACAUAACUCAAUAUUUUGGGCGACUUUAGUAUGUAUUUCGGGCAAAUUGUUUGUAAACCGUCUGGAGCUAUUCUCACUGCUUCAUCGAGCUCUCUUCAUUCAGGUAAUUCUUUCAUUCGCGAGGGUUUUUUUUGCCAGUUUAUCACUUACACCUUUCUUAAAGCCCUGGAUAUUCCUGCUAUUUUAAAGUAACUUAGUCUGCAUUGUUUAAAUUUCUCUGUGACUACGUAGGAGAUGGGAUUCCCUCAGAGUCAAAGUGAGGCGGCAAUUCAGGCGUUUGGUACAGUUCAGGCAGCUCUCGAAGCGCUUUUAGCAGGAAAAGUCAGCUCACCUGCAACAGCGGAAAUAUAUGUAUCUGAUGGAGAGGAUGAGCAGCAAAAACAACAUCCCAGGUAACUUGCCAAUCAAGACUGUGGUCAGUUUGCGCUUAAAUCCUCCUAAAUCCUAAGUCCUUGAAUUUUCUUCAAGUUUGGAUUUAGUGGCCUGGAAAGUGUUUUUUGAUGCUUUUUGCUUGUCCAAGACAGAAAAUGAAUCAUAGCUCAGAGAAUUUAAAGGUUAUUUACACAAAGUGCUCAAUGUUUUAUUCAAUAAUUAACUAUCAAUUUAAGGCAGGUGAACUGAAAAAUGUAGAGAAGUUGGUGAAGCAAACAGUUCAAGCCUUAAAGCCUCAUUAGAAUAGACUGAUAACGUGCAUUUUUGUACAAUCUGUGAAAUGAUAUUCUUAGUAGGUGGUCCUUGAAAAUCUAAUGUGGUCCUUGAAAAAUGGUUUCAAUUUUUUGCAUGAACCCUUGCAAUUUACAUAAAAUUGAUAUAAUGCAACUGAAUAUCUUACAAUCACAAUUAUAAAAGUAUAAAACUAGAGGAAGUGGAACAAAAAAGAAGAAAAAUUAAUAAUUUCAAACUUCGAUACCAUGACAUUAGUCAUAAGCGAUCUUAAAAGAUGGGUUUUGAGAUGGCACUUGGAAGUAUUAACAUCUGCCUUGGCGCGGAACUCCGCGCUGUGACUUGAAAAGAUCUGUCGCCUAGGGUUACCCUAGUCUUACUAGAGGGCGUGACCAACAGUAUUCCACUAGUAGUUCUAAGAUUGUAAGCACCUUGCGCUUUGAGUGAGACCAGGUCCCUGAUGUACUCAGGGGCGAUAGUAACGCAUGGGAUAUCGAUAUUCAGUGUCAGAUACUUACGUAGGCAUUGUGCGCAGGACACUCUGCAGCUUGGUAUAGUGUCCAGAAAAGCUGUGUUAGUCAAACCCCGUCAAUACGGACACUGAGGGGGAAAUUUGAGGGUUUACUUCCCCCAGGGAAAAGGAAAACUGCCCGUAAUAACGAGGUGUCCGUAAAGCGGGGUUCGAUUUUAUAAAGAAAAGAUUCAUAUGAAAAGAUUUACAUGUGCAUACAUUUACUUGAUUCAGCUGAUGCAGAACUACUGUGUAUAUAUGUAUGUAUAUUCCAAGGGGAUUUUAUUCGUCCCAGAUUGUAACUAAGUUUUGGUUUUCAUUUCUUCAGAUUAAGUGAAAGUAGUAGCAGUGAUGGCUCGUGUCGUUCGCUGUGGGUUGGCAACGUUAACCCUGAACUCGUCAGUGAGAGGCAUUUACUACAGCUUUUUAGCAGAUGCGGCCAUGUCGAUAAUGUACGGAUCCUUCCUAAGAGGUUUUGUGCAUUUGUCAACUUCGAAAAAGCUGAUUCGGCUGCUAUAGCACUUGAAAAAUUACAGGUACAUGUUACAUUGAAAUUCCACCUUUGCUGUGUAUUUUUUUGUUGUUUUUUUUCAUUUUGGUCUAAAGGUAUUUUUCCAGUGCAAUGUAAGAAGGAUAAGCUUAGCUUAGGAAAAAAAAAAACACUUUUUCUGCAACCGCGCCCUUCCCUUUUUUUUGGAUGGGAAAGGAAUCUAACUUCAGAUUUCUGAAACCAAAAAAGGGAUGUGUGUUUUGGGAGGGUUAAGUCAAACCCAUACGAUCAUUGAGAUUCACCACCAGAGCGGUUUUGGGAAAGGACUUGAAGGAAAAAUGUUUUUGACAAUCGGUUUUCCGUUCAAAAAUUUUAUACCAUAUUUGACCUUUUUACUGAACCGUAUCAGUGGAGGCGCCAUUAUGCAGAUUUAGCAAAGAAAACGCGAGGUGUUAACCGUUUCUUAUCCCUUCGUAGGGCCACGAGCUUGGAGGUGAAGCUUUACUUCUGAGGUAUCCUAACAACACAGGCUCACCAGGCAGUCAAUUCGUCUUUAAUAAUACCAUCCCUGUGCCUCCUCUGAAAAAGAAACAACAGGAUGUGUAAGUUGUGUUAAGUUUAGAAAGUUUAAGAUAUCACCACGGCGACAGCAACGAGAACGUCAAGAAAGGGAUAGGCUUUUAAGAAAAACAACACUCUGGACGAGCAUCAUGCUUUCCAGCACAUUUCUUUAGCGUCACUGUACAACAACAACGAUGUGAAACGUCCUAAUUUGUGGAGGACUUUAGCGGAGGACGACCAAGUUUUCGUCCUCUUUCUGAACUUGAAUUCAGGCCACUAAGAAUUCAGCUGUUAUUCGAGGAGAAUUUCUAGAGAUUGAAUAAUCGUGAUAAAUAUUGAAGGAACGCGAAUCCACUUAAUCGGUGCAGUUUUCGAUGCCUUCGUCGCCCUUUACCUUUAACUGAUAUUUGUUUAACCUCAGUUAUGCCAUGACCAACAUAAACGCCAUCCUGAAUUGACGAAAACUGCGCAUGCGCUAAUCGUUCUAGUCCACCGGUAGACCGAAACCGGGUGGUAGUUUCGCGUUUACAUGAUACCGUUACGAAAUUUCGUACCGGAGUGAAAUUCUCCCUGCAGUACAACAACCGAGGUGAACUCACGCCGGUGUGACUCGCGCCGGCAUGACAUUUUGUGGCAGUAUAAUGUAAACAAAUAUAGAGCCACGAGAGGGAACCGGAGUGAACUCGCGCCGGUGUCAUGUAAACUUCCCCUAAAUUGCAUACAAGGUGAAUUUACCAGUUUUCUUUUUGUCCUCUUUUUUGUCUAGGGAUGCUAGAUUAACAGCAAGCAAACUCUCGGGUCCUGUAAAUGGAGACGAGUGUUAUUUCUGGCGUACAACAGGUUGUUACUUUGAGGACAAAUGUCGAUUCAGGCAUCUUCCGGCGAGUAAAGGCAUCGAUUUGAAAAAAGUAGAGGCAAAAUACGGAGGAAAGCUGCGAGUUACACCACCCGGAACCGACUCCGCAUAAUUCAUAUGAACUGUUUAAUAAGCGACUAUAAAAAGUGGGUUAGCCUUAUAAGGAAAAUUAUUAAACCACAAUAUUGUCAGAUGGAAC